AUGGACUGUUUCGAGUUCUUUGAACGCACGGACGAACGGUGUACCUACUUCAGUCCCUCGAUUAUUGUGUGCUCCUUGCGUCGAUUCUUCAUCAAAAAAACCACUUAUCAAUCGGUAAAUACUUACGAUAAGCCCGACUACGAAUAUUGCACGAAGUGUACGUCGAUCAAUAGAACCAAAUGGGACCAGCUAGAGAAACCAGAGCCAGAGCAUCCUCCCUUUUCCGAGUUCAGUUUUUUCGUUUGGACAGAAUGGGCAAUUCAACUUGGAAGAUGUACCAAGUCAUCUAGCUUCAGCGAUAGAGUGAAGAAGUUUUUUGGUACUCACGUUCCACCAUCUGAUGCGCUGAGACGGCUAGUUGAAUACUCAGCCCUUCUUAGUGAAUCUUUUGUGAGUAUAGAUGAUGUCAGUCUUGCCGAAAAGCAUGGUGUUGCAAUUGAGCCGGGGCCAAAAAUAAAACAACUUCUUGAGUUUUACUUAAGCAAGCAGCGAAGGCUUUGGUACGGUCCUCUCCUCUGGCGAGAUCAUAAUUCUUUUCGAACCAAGGAUGGAGCACCAUCUCCUCUGUUUCUAGCCCUUUACCUUGACAUCGGUUGGUAUAUAGAGUGGCUUAACGCUUUGGAUGGGACACUACUUCAAUACAUGGCUAGCAACGGGAGACCUCUACCUUUCUCAUGCUUGUCCAUCCUUUCCCCUCCUGACCUUUCCCCCUAUAAUUGGGAACUCGUCCUAUGCAAUGAAGUAUUUGAGACAGUAGCAACUUUACCAGGGUUUACUAUCACAGCACUCGAAACGACUGAUUUCUUGUAUCUCGCCCUUAACAUAUGGAUUAAUACAGCUUUUCGUUACCGGAGUCUCGACCCCGUUGCAGUUCACAGCUUGGUACAGUGUAUCCAAACCGUAAUUCGCCACCACAGUCGGUUUAACAUCAACCCUUUUGUUGUAUCACGCUGGGCUCUCUACACAACUGUUCUGGCUUACGAUGAGCACUCCGAAGUCGAUAUUUUCACGGAACUUUUCGAGGCUCUUUCGAACGUGGAUCUCUAUCCUGCUGAGGGAAUACUGAAAACCGAUGCUAGCAAGCAAAAAAAGCAAGAGAUAUUACUGUCAUGGUUAAUCAACAGCAGAACAGACCCGGGCGAUGACAAUCGGUUUGGCGCCGAACAUUACAGCCUGACGAGAUAUUUACCAACAUGUCCUCUGCAUAUAUUUGACCUAUCAAUUAGAUUCAUGGGACUGAGGCGUGAUUCGAUCGAUAUCAAUUGGUUGCGGUUCUGGUUGGACAAUGGCGUAGAUCCUAAUCGAGCCGGCAGCUGGGGCACCCUCAGCCAUUUCAUAACAGGUCUUUUCCUAGGCGAUUUUGGACUUCAAAUAAACAAGUCGAGUCGUCUAUCAGUAUCCAAGGUUGAUGAGUACCGGUCUCGGGCAAAAAGAUGCUUGGUGCUGCUGAAAUCCUACAACGCCGACUUGAAUCUCCGACACCCCAUCACUCACGAAACAAUAUUAGAAUACGCUUGUCGUUUAUACACUUCACCACAGCGUACUGUAGGGUUUAUAAAAGCGCUUAUUGACUUUGCACCUCCCAUUACUAUCACCAAGUAUGCUCUUAUCAGCGCCUUCCACCUCGACAAGAGGCAUGCGGCGCAGGAACGCCAUGGGGAAUUUCCAGGUGUUGGAGAACAACCACCUAAAAGAUUAUCUGACUUGCUUGCAAGUGAAUUAAAGCAUGAACACUUUGCAGAGACCGCUUCCAGAGACCGAUUAGGCUUGGGUUCGCUGGAAAACGCACUCGAGAUACUGGAAAAAGGCUUGGUUGCCAAGGACUGGGAUGAGUUUUACGAUUUUUACGCCAAAGGAGUGGAGUUACCAGAGGACCUGCCGUUCGAAUUCUGGACUCGCCACAUUUCAAAAACAAUCCCAGAAAAUCUUUAUACUUUUAAACGCACUUCCGGUGAGCUAGAUUUAAUCGACCCUUUUCAUGUAUCCGCCAGCCAUCUUACCGAAAAAAAACCUUUUGAUCAACUAUUCUUCAUGAUCAAAGGGAGGCAAGCCAAAAUCGUUCAUAAAUAUAUCAGUUGCUGUACCUAUGAUAAAGGGGCGAUAGAUGAGGCUGCCUUUUUUUUCGGUUCAUUAAAAGAUAUAGAAUAG